AUGAAAUCCGACGGCUGGGAAUAAGACCAUACCAAAUUUAUCAUGCCGUAAUCGGACUGCGCUAUACGUCUUGCUGAGAUGCUAUAGAGCCUCCAGAGCCUCUAUAAAACCUCGCAGUUGAGCUCCCUGGACGCCGAGGCGCUAUGCCGUUCGUCGGCAUAAACUCUAUACCUGCACCAUCUAGCCUAGAUCCUGCUUCAUCGUUGCUAUACUCUGGUAUCUCGCGAAACCAUAGACGACCUCUUUACCCAGUCAGACCUGCAGUCCCGGCCGAGUACGAACAAUGUCCACACCUAACCCUUUGGCCGCCGGCGGCCCCGCGCAGAAUGUCUCAAAGACGACCCUCCCCAUCGCCGGCCUGCACGUCGACAUCUACGGAUUGACCGAGCUCCCACCCAGUGCUCAGUCCAUAUCGUGUCUCUGGCUACAUCACCCGCGCCUCCGUGCCAAGGAGGACAUGUCGACGAUUGCGUCCCUGGCCCUGAGCUCCUGGCACCGCCACCCCUCCUCUUCCUCCUCAUCCUCCUCCUCCUCGCCGCGGGGACUCAUCGCCGUCGCCUUCGACCAGCGUAACCACGGCACCCGCAAGAUAUCCGACGUCGCGAACCAGGCCUGGAGGCAGGGCAACAAGACGCACGCGCAGGACAUGUUCGGGAUCGUGAGCGGCGCGGUCGUGGACACCUCGCUGCUGCUGGACGGGCUGGAGGGCUACAUCUUCGGGAACGGCGAGCACGGCGGCCCGGGGAGGAAAGUCGACCAGCACCUGGCGCUGGGCGUCAGCCUGGGCGGGCACAGCGUCUGGCAGGCCCUGUUCGCGGAGCCGAGGAUCACGGCGGGCGUCGCGGUCAUCGGCUGCCCCGACUACGUCGCGCUGAUCCGCGACCGCGCGAGGCUGUCCAAGCUGGAGACCUUUUCCGCCGCCGACGGUGGCAGCUCGUUCCUGGGAAGCAGGGACUUUCCCGCUGCGCUGGUCGGGGCGGUCGGCAAGUACGAUCCCAAGGGCCUGCUGUUUGGGACGGGAGACAUCAGCUUCCCGACCUCGGAGGCGGAGCAGAAGAGACUGAAACCCGCCCUCGACAAGACAAUCAGAGGCAAGAAGUUCCAGGUCCUAUCGGGCGGCAAGGAUAAGCUGGUGCCGUAUGCCAAGUCGGAACCUUUCCUGGACUUCUUCAAGAGCGCCGUGGAGACAUGGUACAAGGACGGCGGCGUCAGCGUGGAAGACAUCGUCUACCCGGACGCUGGUCACGAGUUCAACGAGACAAUGAUGAACGACGCUGUGCGGUUCAUCGUUGACGUGGUCUCAGAUGCCCAUAAGGGGCAGACCGCAACAGCUAAGAUCUGAGAUCUUGCGUCUUAGCAUCCAGCCCAGCUGCCCAAGCCCGUUGCGGCGAGCAAGGGA